CUACGGAGCAUAGCAACAGUUCAUUGAAAGCAAGAGACGAGUGAGCAUCGAAGCACCCGGCAAGUUAAAAGCAAAUUAUAAGAUUUGCAAAUAUUACGUUUUUCUAACGUAACAGUUAAUAAGUGAUCAAGUCAAAAUGUCUCUGGUACCGUUGUUGUUCUCUGACUGGUGGGAAGACUUGGAUCGUCCGCACCGGCUAUUAGACCAGCACUUUGGCCUGGGGUUGUACCCUGAACAAUUGCUGAACACAAACAUCCUGGACCAGUAUAUUCUGCCUAGUCGCAGGAGGAUGACGAGAAGUCCUUUGAUAUACUACAGGCCAUGGGGUGAACUCCUGCGUAAAGAAGGCGGAGGUACGUCUACUGUCAAGGCUGAUAAGGACAAAUUCCAAGUAGUCCUGGACGUCCAACAAUUUAAGCCAGAAGAAAUCAGUGUUAAAGUCGUCGACAAAGCUGUCGUUGUCGAGGGCAAACACGAGGAGAAACAAGACGAGCAUGGAUGGAUUUCUCGUCAGUUCACCAGGAAAUACAUAAUACCUGAACAAUGUGAUAUUAACGAAGUAACAUCAAGUUUAUCAUCUGAUGGUGUACUGAGCAUUACUGCGCCUAGAAAGGAUCAACCGAAACCACAGUCGGAGAGAGCAAUCACUAUUGAACAGACUGGAAAGCCGGCAUUGAAGGAAGGCCAAGAAAAGAAGGAGGAAGAGAAGACAGAAGAAAAUUAAUUUUUUGUUAAACAUGGCUGUUACAAUUUAUUAUAAUCUGUAUUUCUCUUUCAUAUAGUUUCAUGUAAUUUUAUAAUUACAUACUUCGUAUGUUCUUCAAAAUGUGUUAACAUGUAAAGUUCCUUUUUAUAAAUUAUAGCUUUAAGAAUUUCUUAAAUAAACUGUUUAAAAAAUAAA